UUCUCUUCAUUAUCAUUCUCCAAAAUGCCAGCUCCAACAAACAGCCCUGAACGUGUCCGAGCCGUCUGGAGGUGGUGCCUAGCCACCGCCUUUAGGACAGGACUGGCAUGUACAAUUGUGGGUUGCCUGACCCUCUAUGGACCAGCCUCUAUUCACCAGCAAAUAGCCUUCCCUGCAUUCUCUUACGUGACUGUGAUACUUAUUGCGACUGAUGCAACUCUGGGUGAUACUCUUCAUGGUUGCUGGCUAGCACUCUACGCCUCAAUCCAGAGUCUGGGUCCUGCUCUGUUGACCAUGUGGUUGAUUGGCCCUGCUAAGUUCACUAGUGGCACCAUAUCCUUAGCAGUGGCUUUAGCUGCAUUUGUGGUGGCACUUCCUGAGUGGACUCAUUUGGUUGCUAAGAGAAUUGCUUUAGGUCAGAUUGUUAUUGUUUAUGUUAUAGCCUUUAUUAAAGGUGCGCAUACAGAGAGAAUCAUGCAUCCUUUGCAUGUGGCAGCCAGCACUGCCAUUGGAGUCUUAGCUUGUAUUCUUGCCUUGCUGCUGCCAUAUCCAAGAUUGGCCUGUUGGGAGGUGAAAGAAAAUUGUAAGCUGCUAGCAGAAAAUGCUUCAGAGAGGCUGAAGCUCUACGUGAAGGCAUUCUGUGAAAAAGACAGUGCAUUGGCCUCGUCGUCUAUCUCUCAGGCCAAGUCAUUGACCAUCUCUGGUGCCAAAUUUCUCCAAAGUAUUAAACGUUACCAAGGAAGCGUGAAAUGGGAGAGACUUCCAUUUAGGUUUCUGAGGCCUUAUUACAUGAAUCCUGGAAAGAAAUUGGCAGAACUAGAGUUAUCCUUGAAAGGGAUGGAAAUGGCUUUAACCAAUAUCUCGUCAUUUCCUGUGAGAAUGAUGGAAGGAAAGAGCAAAGAAGGCCUGCAAUUAUUAGAGGAGCAUAUCAGCCUGAUCUUUAAGCAAAUCAAGAAUUCCUCGCCUUGUGACCCUUUAACUUUUCCUGAAUCAAGUGCUGAAAAUAUAAUCGAGUCCCUCCAAACUCUUCACAUAACUCCAACGGAUGACCAAGAUUUAUGCUCUCUUUUCUUCUUGUUUUGCAUGAAACUCCUCCACUGCAAACCAUUGACAAAACCAAUCACUUCCAAACAAGAAAAUGAAGGCUCAAACAAUUCAAGUAAGCAAAAUGGUUUCUUUAAGAGCAUCAGGAGCAACUGGACCAUGAAUCUCAGCAGCAGAAGGCUUAUGCCAGCUUUCAAAUGUUCUCUUGCUUUGGGUCUUGCAAUCUUAUUUGGUUUGUUAUAUAGCAAGGAAAAUGGUUAUUGGUCAGGACUUCCAGUGGCCAUUAGCCUGGCCUCGGCAAGAGAGCCGACAUUCAAAGUUGCCAACGUUAAAGCACAAGGGACAGUUUUGGGAACCAUCUACGGAGUCGUAGGUUGCUUUGUCUUUGAAAGGUUCUUGCCAAUAAGAUUCUUGUCUCUUCUUCCUUGGUUCAUCGUCACCAGUUUUCUAAGGCGUAGCAAAAUGUAUGGCCAAGCUGGUGGAAUUUCUGCGGCCAUUGGUGCCGUACUAAUAUUGGGUAGGAAAAAUUUUGGUCCACCAAGUGAAUUUGCUAUAGCAAGAAUUACAGAAACCUUCAUUGGAUUAUCUUGCUCAAUUAUGGUGGAGCUACUGUUACAACCCACAAGAGCUGCCUCUCUAGCUAAAACUCAACUCACUAAAUGCUUGAGUUCAUUGUCUGCAUGCGUUGGCUCAAUGAGCCUUGAAGCCAACCAAGCCAUCUUGCUAGAGAAUCAAAGAAGACUAAAAUUGGAAGUUAGUGUGCUAGAGAAAUUCAUUGGAGAAGCUGAUGUGGAGCCCAACUUCUGGUUUUUGCCUUUUCAUAGUGCUUGCUUUGGUAAGAUUUUGGGGUCUUUAUCAAAGAUGGUGGAUCUCCUACUUUUUAGUGCUCAAUCAGUUGAAUUCCUCGAACAAGAAUCACAAAAAAUGGGAAUUUCUUGGAAAGAAUCUGCAAAUAAACUAGAGGGUGACCUUCAACUUUUCAAGGAAAUGGUUGGUUCAUUAAUAAAAUGUUUUGAGGAUCUCAGCUUGUUGAAAUCCCUGGCAUUUCUUGACAAGGAACUUGAAAACAGAAACAUCUGUUAUGAUCCUGAACUGGGGAAAUCACCAAAUCCAAAGAUUUUCAAGGUUUCUUCAAGUUCAGAUGAUGAAAAUGAGAUAGAGGGUAUCAUAAAAUCUUAUCUCAAACAUUCAAAGGAAGUUAUAGAUAAGUUCCAUGAUCAUGAUGAAGAUGAAGAGCAGAAGAGUGAAAUGAUUUUAAGCCUGGGAGCAAUGGGAUUUUGCUUGAUGAAUUUAAUAGAAGAGGCAAGAGAGAUUGAGAAGGGUAUCCAGGAACUUGUUCAGUGGGAAAACCCUGGAAAGGACAUAAAUUUGUACGAAAUUUCAUGUAAAGUUCGUGCUUUAUACAAUUGAAAAUUGUAACAAUUUAAAAUUAAUAUAUUACAAGGUAUAUAAAGUUCUUGAAUCACAUUUUCUCAA